ACUUUCGCUCUUUCCAACUCCCGGCCUCGCCAUGGUCGCAUCACCGAGUCUCGCAUCGACGUCUGGACUCACACUGUCGAUGCUAUCACCGCUUACUAAGCAAGCUCCGCGAGGCUUACGAGCCGCUGGCCGACUUGCCAGACCGCCACGGGUCACUGCAGUCCCUUCGAGGCGCCUACUGUCAUCAGUCACACCGACCCGGCCCGGCGCCUCUGCCCUUUCAAGCUCGAGACUCUCGCCGCUGCCGCUACAACCGUCUCCAUCACCGCUCCGGCAAGCGCGCCGUCCUCUGUCACUGCUCUCGAAGCGACCCGAGGCACCCGAAGAGCCCGAUGUGUACCAAGAUGGCCGUGACCCAUCGCUGAACCUCACCGACCGCGCGAUCGCCCAUCUCUCCAGAGUGGCCCAGCGCGAGUCCAACGACCGCCUCGGCCUGCGCGUCAUGGUCGAGCCGGGCGGGUGUCAUGGCUACCAGUACAAGAUGGAUCUGAUGGACGCCGUGGGCGACGUCGAGGAGGAUGACUUUGUCUUUGCGUAUCCGCAGGCCAACAAGCAGCAGCAGGGUGACGACGCUGCUGCCGGCAAAGUCUUUCUGGUCGUCGACAGCGUCUCUUUGAGACUGAUCAAAGGCAGCACUAUCGACUAUGUUACUGAGCUCAUCGGCUCUCAGUUCAGUAUUCUCGACAACCCCCAAGCCAAAGGAGCGGGCUGUGGCUGUGGCGUCUCCUGGGAGCCCAACUUCUAGUCUCUCUGCAACUUCUUCACCUCUCUCUCCCUUUUUU